CCCCGCCGCACAACCCCCUGCCCCUUGUCCAUCCCUCGCCGCCGGUUUGUCCCAAUACCAUACAGACCUAGCGUGAAGGCUUGUUGAUCACCAAUUUCAGUUUGUUGUGGUUUUCCAGAGACGAAGAUGAACAGGCGGUUUUUGAAUCUGGUGACGCGGAACUGGACCCAAGGUGUCUAUUCGGUGCGCCGCAUGGACCCUUACCACCAUUUCUUCUACGGGUCAACAGAAGCUGCACUUGGGGCAGCAGAUGAAGCUUGCAAGAUGAAGGAAUCAUUCCCAGCGAUGCAGAUCCAGGACCUGCCGAGCCCAAGCGCGAACUUCACUGCAGCUGCCCCAGGUGGCACCUUGGAUAUGUUCGCGCUCCUCACCCCCCGCCCCACCAGCGAUGGCAGAAUGAUUUAUGCCAAUACGAUCGGCGAGACCCGGCUGUACGACGCCGACAAACAGGUGCACACCACCCUGGGCCGUCUCAACACGCCUAAGGGAGUCAAACCCAUGUGCCUCUCCAUCGCGCACCCUGGCGGCGACGAAGACAGCAUUUAUGUGUUGGAUACCGAACCCUUGAAGGACGCCCGUCGAUGCUUUGAGGUCCUUGAGCCCACGCCCAGGGAAUUCAGGAGCAGCAGCUUGAUGCCGCCAUGGUGUUGGCGAGUUCUUCCACCGCCUCCUUUUGUCCUCGAACCUUGGUACCAACCAUCUUCUAUUACCUCCUUUACCACUGUGGUCAAUGGCGAUGGCUGCUCCACCAUCUACAUAUCAUGUGGUGGCCGCAUAGGCACCUACAGCUUUGAGAUGGCAUGCUCUGACUCUAGACACUGUCUAGGAUGGAGGCUCUCGGACAAAUGGAGCCAUGUUGGGGAAUGGAAGCUGCCCUUUAAUGGCAGAGCUCAGUACGUCCCUGAGUUUAACCUAUGGUUUGGAUUCUCAGACUCAAGCCCCAACCACCUGUGUGCCAUGGACCUCUCUGCCAUGGACAAUGGACGGCAGCCCACAGCACCCAAAAUAUGGGAAGAUCUGAACCUGCCUGAUGGAGAGGCGUGGCUUCCGAAACAGCUCGAGCUUCUCUACCUUGGCGACCGCAAGUUUCUCACCGCUAAGACCUUUGCAGAAGGAGAAAUAGGCGGGUGCUUUUCUGUGCUCACCGGCGUAGAGAUGAUUGCUGGCGCCGGUGAUGACCAGCACACCCUUCAGAUGGUCAAGCACAAGUGCGCACGUUUUGUCUUCACCGACGAGGACAUUGAGUGGGUGCUCUGAAUGAAUGAAUAAUCUUGUGUCGGUGAUGAACUGAUGGUCCAGAUCCUUGUCGCAGUCGCAUUUGUUAUGCGAUAUCUAUUUACUUACUUUUAGGUCUAUUUGCACCAUUGAGGAUUUGUGUGUUUGGAGGGAUUUCCCUGUUUUUGUCUUUACUUUUCUUUGUAAAGACAACAUUGUACUAUCAUGUUAAGUGAUCUUGGAUGUUGAUUUCUACUAGUUUUUAGUGGAGCCUGGUA